CUCGCAGGCUCGAGGGAUCUUGUUUUGCCCAUUCUGCUGACGGGUCAAGCAACAUUCCCAAAUUUUCUCACCCAUUCAGACCUGGUGUUGGUAUUCACCCACCGUCAGCUGGUAAGAGUGAGCAGUAGAUCGAUCAUAUGAUCACCAUAAGUCUCAGCUUUCAUUCGCUAUACAUGAUUUAACGGUCCUGGCGGCAAGAGCGCACUUUUGCAUGGACGUCGUCCACUCUUGACUGCCCACUUUCUGCGGGUCAUAGGAGCCUUCGAGCCGUUGGAAAAUUUAAAAGCCAAAAUUAAUGGGCUUGAUUGGAAGCGCACUCGCAACUGACGGUACGUAUUUCCAUUCAGAUUCACUGCUUUGGGACCUUGCAGCUGUCAUCUUUUUGGCUCUGAAGCACCAUCAGGUAGCUGUCUACCAAACUUUCCCCUCCUUCCGUAGCUUAAGCACGCAGAUAUGACAAGCGACAGUGCCAGAGAGAACAAAUUGUCUAACAUCAGCACUUGGCCAGUGUCAUCUUGAUUCCAAGGGCAACGUCGAGCAAAAACGCCGUCAAUUUUAAAUGAUCUUGACAAGCCCAGAUGGCAUCGCCCGUCACAAUUCACGCCACCCAUCCUUCUUCUCAUUUCUUCUCCGUGCACUCAACCUAUCCUGAGGAACAUCGAGCACGGCGCCUCAAGGAAAGUGUUAUGGGACAGCAUCGUGCUCAUCCCUACCAGAGAGAACGCAGCUAUUCCCCUCCAAAAAAGGGCAUCGAUUACAGGAGCACCCGGUUCCCAGGCUUAGCAGUUCCCUUUCAGCAAGCGCAACCACCUUCGCGAGCCCAUCACUCGACAAAUUCUUCUCGGUCAAUUGUAAACCAGCCGGAUUCUUCUUCAAGAUCAUCUCCCAUGACUCCGGAAUCCACACGAAUCGGCGUUGAACAGCUGGUCGAUGGCUAUGCCUCGACAAGAUCGGCUACAUCGCAUCGCGAAUCACAGCGCCAAGACCCCCUAGGGAGAUCUCCAAUGCGAGGACCUGGAGAUCCAGAAACUGCGCGGCUGCCUGGCAUAACGUCGCUUCUAGGCUUAACGCAGGACUGCCCAACGUUCGAGGCGGAGCAGCGAUACCAACAUUCAUCUUCAGGCCACGGGUACCAGCAGCGACCUUAUGGACACUCAGCAACAUCCAGUUUGUCAUCAGCUGCUUCGGAUCCGGUUUCACCCAACUCGUACGGAGGUCACAGCUCGCGCAGCCCGAUUCCGCACCCUUCUUAUCCAGACGACAGAGGCCGGACUCAAUCUCGUUACCCAUACCCUUCACGGGAAGAUCCAUUGCUGUAUUCACAUUGCGAGUACGGCCGCACUCAAAGCAAUCCAGGGAGCCACUUGCGCCAUCCAUCUUCUGCGUCGCAUCAAUACCCGCCGCCACCUCCGCCGUCAGGUCCCAACACGAUGCUUCCGCCCCCACCAGACCCAUUUUACAAUAGUGCAUACUCUUCCCAGCGACAGUCUUAUUCGUACAGUCAGUCACACGGGCCUCAGAUUGGCCAAUCCUGGGAUAGGCAAAGAAUCGAUAGUGCCGUGCCGUCAUAUGAUCACUCAAUGAGUGCUAGCUCGGGAUAUGGUUGGGGAUAUCCUCCUCACCACAACAGCUUAGCAAGAAAGCGACGAGGGAAUCUGCCAAAAGAGGCAACAAGGAUAUUGAAGGAAUGGUUCGGACGACAUCACGAUUCUCCUUAUCCCACCGAAGACGAGAAGCAGGAUCUAUGUCGCCAGACUGGUCUCCAAAUUAGCCAGGUGAACAACUGGUUUAUCAACGCGCGCCGCCGAUUGCCAAGAGAAGACGCAAAAAAACUUAUCGACGAAGGCAAGAAUCGAGCAGGAACAGAGGAUAGUGCAGACUCUGACGUGCCGAUGGAUGGAGCAAGAGAAGAUGUAGCGGAUGGCAACAUACGCUACUCAUAACAGCAGUCCUGGUUCAGCUGAAUGAAACGUCUGCUAAGACGAGGCUGAAGAAAAGGAAGAUAAGACUGUUCUAACAGUUCGUCCGUGGAGCUCGUGAAUGACUGUGAGCACGGGAAACCGCUUCAAUUCAAAAGGAUGAAUGACCUGUUCGCUCGAGCAAAAGUCCGCGGUUUCCUUGCUUUGUUACUGAUACCCACUCACUAUGGCUUGUGCCAAAGGAGCGUCGGUAUUCUUGUUCUAAUGUAACGAGAAGCGAAGUUCUUGUUGAGAGUCGCGCAUUACCGAUGCUUGAUCUUAUCGAAUGGCAUUGAUGAGACGUACAAUUAACGGGUCAUUGGGGAGGAAUUUACUAUAAUAGUGAGCAAAUAAUGUUAGAAGUGAAACCUCUUUUCGGUCGAAAAUUCGCUGUCGGCCUUGCAGAA